AUAGCAGAUGGCCUUAGUAGGCAAUGGGAGGGUCAGCCGCGAGAUGCAGGACUACGAGACAGGAGUACUUGGACAGUCAGUGAGGACUGGGAAACGGAAACAGGUUUGAUUAAUGAUAUUCUACUAACCUCUACGAUAGACGAACAAACGGUGAAAAGUCUCCUCAAAUGUUUUACUAACGAACCAAUUUUUCUAGAAGUUACAGAGUCAAUAGCACAGGUCAACUCGAACAAACCAUUAAGAGAUCGUAAAUUUGCGCACCAUCAAGCAUUGGAGUACCUAAUCGAAAACGGGAAACUAUGGAGGUUGCGCGGAGGAACGACAGUUAGAGCUCGAAGCAGGACAGAGUGUGUUACCCAGGAAGAAGCUGAGCAAAUGGCAACAACGCAACAUGAACAGAUGGGACAUUGGGGGAGAGACACUAUCAAAAUAGCACUCACGGACCGAAUAUGCAGCCCCAAACUCGACGCAUCAAUCAUGAAAGCUAUA